GAGCCGGCCAAUUCUCCUCACCAAAAACAAACCAAAAAAAAAAAAAAAAAACCAUGUCCAGUCAAGACCACCGCCACCGGCACAACCGCCGCACUGAUACCGCCGUCGUUCCAAGUCUCGAUCUUUCAUCCGCCGAAGAGGCCGUUCUGAGAGCCCCAUUCAAGCACUCCCUUUUCGCCAAAGUCCUCGGCAAAAGAGUCGAUGACCGGCAGCUCUAUGCUCACCUUCGUUCUCUGUGGCGUCCGGCGGGGGCAAUCGACUUCAUCCCCCUGGCAAGGGGCUUCUACCUGGUGAACUUCUCUCUCCCUUCCGAUUACGAUGAGGUUCGCUACGGGUUCCCAUGGACGAUCGACGAUCACUACAUCGUCCUUCUCCGAUGGGAUCCCAACUUCAAGCCUUCCGAGGCCAUCAUCAGCCUUGUUGCGGUCUGGGUUCGCCUCCCGGAACUUCAAGUGCAGUACUACGACGAAGAAAUCCUGCAGAAAAUUGGAGAAUUGAUCGGGGAGGAAGUUGUGAAGAUAGACAAUUGCACCAGAAACCGAACAAAGUGUAAAUAUGCUCGCCUGUGCAUCUUGAUCGAUCUUGGCAAGCCCGUUAUUCCGAUGAUAGAAAUUGGUGGAGCUUUGCAGCCGAUCCAAUACGAGGGGCUGCAUCUUCUGUGCUACACGUGCGGGCGAUACGGACAUCGGCAGCACCAUUGCCAUCAUCUUGCGUCUUCUCUGGCGGAGGCAAUCCCGGAACUAUGCUUUUCCGGCCAGUCGUCCACGGAGUCGUUGGGCUUCCGCCAUAGUUCCCAUCUCUAUGGUCCUUGGCUUCAAGUGCGCCGUGGAUAUCAACAUCAGACCGAAAAUCAAGUGCUCCAACCAGAGAAAAAAUCUGUAAGUCUGAUGUAUCGUCCGAUUAAAACUGCCUUUAUUCCUUGCAACAAUACAUUGGAACAUGGGGAGGGCACAUCCGGAGUUGCUGAGAAUAUUAUUGGUUCUUCAAUGAACCCCCAAGACCAAGAAGCCUCUUCUUCUGGCCACACUGACACUGUGACUUCAAGUCUUCCUUCCCCUUCCCCUGCAUUAGGUGAUAAUCCAUAUGUACCAGUUCCAACUCAGUCACCAGAAGUACCCCAAACAAACACUCCAACCCCUUCCCUUGGUGACCUAAAUGUUUCAACUUCAGCCCAAACAGGUACUUCAUCCCCUUCCCCUGCAUCAGGUGAUAAUCCAAAUGUACCAGUCUCAAGCCAGCCACAAGAAGCACCCCAAACAAACACUCCAACCCCUUCCCUUGGUGACCUAAAUGUUUCAACUUCAGCCCAAACAGGUACUUCAUCCCCUUCCCCUGCAUCAGGUGAUAAUCCAAAUGUACCAGUCUCAAGCCAGCCACAAGAAGCACCCCAAACAAACACUCCAACCCCUUCCCUUGGUGACCUAAAUGUUUCAACUUCAGCCCAAACAGGUACUUCAUCCCCUUCCCCUGCAUUAUGUGAUAAUCCAAAUGUACCAGUUUCAACCCAGCCACCAGAAGCACCCCAAACAAACACUCCAACCCCUUCCCUUGGUGACCUAAAUGUUUCAACUUCAGCCCAAACAGGUACUUCAUCCCCUUCCCUUGCUUUAGGUGAUAAUCCAAAUAUACCAGUUUCAACCCAGCCACCGGAAGUACCCCAAACAAACAGUCUAAUCCCUUCCCUUGGUGACCUAAAUGUUUCAACUUCAGCCCAAGCCGGUACUUCAUCCCCUUCCCCUGCAUUAAGUGAUAAUCCAAAUGUAUCAGUUUCAACCCAGCCACCAGAAGUACCCCAAACAAACACUCCAACUCCUUCCCUUGGUGACCUAAAUGUAGCAACUUCAGCCCAAACAGGUACUUCAUCCACUUCCCCAGCAUUAGCUGACCCAAAUAUACCAGCUUCGACCCAGCCACCAGAAGUAUCCCAAACAAGUACUCCACCCCCUCCAUCUCUAUCCAAUGCAUCAGGUGAUCCACAUGUUUCAGCUUCAUCCCAACAAAGAGUGGAUUUUCCAUCCCCACAAAAUGAUUCUCCCACUGCUUCCGUUUCAACUGAUCGCCUCCCACAUCAGCGCAUUGGCGCAGGCAUAACGAACCAGCAACAGCCACCCCCUGAGGUAAUUGAAUUCUUUUCGCGGGUGAUUCAGAGUUUGACAAUACCACUAGAGAUAAACAGUUCUGAUGGCUGUAUAACUGAGCUGGUCAUUGAAGGAAAACCACAAGUCAUUACCUUUGAUUCGAAAAUUUCCAACAUUGAGAUGAGUGUAGACAUGUCGGGGUUGUUUACUUGGAACACGAACCAGCACAAUGUAAGCUUCAGCACUACAGUAAUUGAUCACACUGAAUACCCUGUCCAGAAAUCCUCAAAGAAGCUUCUGAUUUGGAACUGCCGAGGGGCAGGGGAUGCCAAGCUCCUGCCAACCGUCAAGGCUCUGUGCCAGCAACACCAGCCAUCCGCCGUUCUUCUUUUGGAAACAAGACUUUCCGGCGCCCAUUCUGAUCAAGUUAUCGAGGACGUUGGUUUUUCUGAGUCGCUUGUUGUUGAGCCUGUGGGAUUCACCGGUGGGAUGUGGCUUUUGUGGCGCGAUAAUGAUAUUGAAAUGGAAGUUUACUCAGCUACUCCACUUCAUGUGGCCUUUGAAUUUCUCCCCAAGCCCGAGACGUUGAUUCUCUAUGGAGUGAAUUCUGGGAUUGGACAUGAAUAUUCGGGUGUUUAUGGUAUUGAUUCUUCUGAUUCCGAUCACAGUUCACAAACCAGGAGCCCAGAGGUUUUUUACCUAGACCAACAAAUCGGGCCUCAGACUUCCCAUUGGAUUCCAUCCUACUGAGGUGAUCAGAUCGGAAGAGUGAUGAUAUUUCCUCCACGUGUGAAACUAUUCUUGAUUAAGUUGAAACUCAUUGGCAUCAUAGAAUGAAUCCAACUUCACGGGCUACAAGCAUGAUGGCAUAUAUUCUUUCCAAAUUAAGGUGUCUCCGUAAAGGAAAUAUACUUGAGGGACUGUGUUCAGUUCUGUUUGUAUUGGUUUUAGCUUGCGUUCAGUUGGUUAGUUGGAGACAGUUAUGAUUGGUCUGGCCGCCUUCAGUUGCACUAUAUCAGCUGCGAUUUGUAUUUUUGUCAUUGAAUUGAGAUUGUUAACGAGAUUAAUGAGAGGGGCUUUUCUUUA